UCUCAUAUAAUUUCUGUUUCUCAUAUAAUUUUUUUGUUAUAAAUUCUGAAUUCUGCUAUCCCAGCUUUGAAAAUUGUUUUCUUUUCCACACCAGUAACUGUAAGUUAAUUCUGAACCAGUUUGAAGGAUUGUUCAUGACAGCUUAAUCUGCAAGCGAUGAAGGGUGUUGGGGGAUCGAAUCCUUAUUUCUUCUCACCAGUUUCAAGUUUAUCAGCUUUUGCAGCGCCGUUUAGUGUCAAUCCUUACCCUUCCUCCGAUGUGUUGUCCAUGGAUUCAGGGACUCACACAGACUAUUCAAUUGAAUCCGAAGUGUCUGCGCCUCCAAUUCACUAUCAACCUUACGGGUACGAUUUCUUUUCGAACCCCGUUAGAGAAUUGGAUUCCACUGCUCAGUACCCUCAACGGGGUUUUCCCUCUUAUGCUGCAAGAUCAAGUUUGGUAGAAGCCCAACCGUAUCAUGUGCCUUCUGCAAUUCAUGAUCACUCUUCUUUGGUGCCGCUUUAUCACUGGUCUUCUCUGACCUCCCCUUCGGAUUGGCCCUCUCUGGAGGAGGCUAACAACUUAUCUGAAUUAGGGUUUUCUGGUCAAAAAGGUGUUUGCUGGGAAAGGUUUUGCGAGUUCAAUGGCAGUGGUAAAGGGAAACAGGUUGGAGUUGGGAGCAGCAGUCUCCCCUCAAAGGCUGUUCCUGGCUUGGUAGAAGAAAUAAUGAACCACAAACAAGCAAACGGAGAGGUGAAGGACUCUGUUGGUGGUGAGGUUUCAUAUAUUACUGAUCGGGAAAACUACAUGCCUGCAAUUUCACGUCCCUUACCUGAUACAUCUAGCUGGUGGGGAAAUCUCAAAUCUAUGCCAGUUGAAUUUCUAGGUUCAUCUUCUCUGCAGUCGCCUUCAAUGCCUGUGGAAACACGUCAUGAGACCCCUUUGAUGAAAGCAGUUGCUGAUUCAGGGAACAAUCACCUGUCAAACAUUGGUUCAUAUGACAAACACUCAAGACAUAUUGAUAAAUCUUCAAAGGUUGAUACUGUUUCUUCGAUGCCUAGAACAGGUUUGAUUACAGAUAUGAAUAUUGAUGAUAUUAUAUCAGAUCAACAUGUUGGGUACAGUAGUUUCUAUAAUACAAAGGAGGCUUCUGUCAGGCCCUGUCCUGGAAUCUCUGGUUGCUUCGACUCAACUCAUAUCCGUGGCCAUCUAGGAAGAAAUGAGCCUUCCCCAUCAAACAAAGCAAUGGGUUCAGACAAGACUGUUUUGGGGGAUGAUUUUGAUUAUAUAUUUAGAGGAAGGACUGAAUAUCAAACCCCUCAUGCCAAUAUGAAUACUUCAAGCUUAAGACCUUGCACUAUGGAAGAUGUCAAUGUUGAGAAAUCUUUUGAGGGUGGUGACCGAUGCAAUCCUGCUGAAGACUCACCUUGCUGGAAGGGAGCUUCAGCUGCUCACUUUUCUUAUUUUCAACCUUCUGCGGUCCUGCCUCAAGAAUAUGUACACAAAAAAGAAAGCAGCUUUGGUCCCAUCAUUCACGAGUCUCAGCAUUACCUGCUUAAUACAGAUAGCAAUACAAAAAAGUCAGCUGAAAAUUCAAAUGGCUAUCAAGGAACAGGUUCUUCAGGUUCUCCAAGGAAAUUUUCAGUAACAAAUUUUGCUUAUGACGAUUUUAAGUUGGGUAGUGCUGUGAAUGGUGGACCUUUUCCAUUUAAUCCUAACUGUGGUUUUGGGCUUCAAGUUCUGGAUGUUACUAAAAUGAAGGGAAAUAGUUUGCCAGCAGCCAAUGCAACCAAUUCUGAGUCUGGAUCUUCUCAAAUGGAGUAUCAAGUUGCAGAGAAUAACAAAUUGGUGACACAAAAACAGCACACAUCAUGCAUAGGUGAUGCAAAGGCUGGAUGCAAUUUGAAUAAAUUCUUGGAACAUGGUGCUACACCUUCGGUAGUAAAUACCACUACUACACCUUCGGUAGUAAAUACCACUACUACACCUUCGGUAGUAAAUACCACUACCGCACCUUCUACUACACCUUCGGUAGUAAAUACCACUACUGCACCUUCUUCAGUAGUAAAUACCACUACUGCACCUUCUUCAGUAGUAAAUACCAGUACCACACCUUCAGUAGUUAAUACCACUGCCACACCUUCAGUAGUUAAUACCACCAUUGCAACUUCUUCAUUAGUAAAUACCACCACUGCAACUUCUUCAGUAGUAAAUGCCACUACUACAUUUUCUUCACCUUCUUCAGUCGUAAAUACUACAGCUACGCCUGUAAAUACAGCUGGGAGAGUAACAACUGAAAAAUUAAAUGUCCAAAUGCUGGUUAAUACUAUGCAAAAUUUAUCAGAAUUGCUCCUUUACCACUGCGAAAAUGAUGUCUGUGAAUUGAAAGAGAGAGAUUGCAAUGUCCUUAAACAUGUGAUCAGUAAUCUUAAUACUUGUGCUUUAAAGACUACUGAACAAAUUGCCCCUGCACAGGAAUGUCUUUACAAUCAGCCAGAAACGUUUAACUGUGCUAGAGAAUCGCGUGAGUUUCACCAGAAUGCAAGUUUCAAGAGGGGACAAUUAACCAAGCUUGGACCAGAGAUCUCUAAGGUUGAGAAUCCACUUGUUUCGGAUGCAAACUUGCAUUUCAGGUCUGCCAAACCCCUUUGGAAGCUUUCAAAUUCAAUUUCCUCAAGAAGGGGGGCUAGAGAAAUGACAAUGACUGAUGGCAUGACUAAGGAUCUGAAAAGGACUCUUAAUGAGAAUUUCCACGAUGAAGUAGCAGAUCCUCAGGCAGCGUUAUAUAAGAAUCUUUGGCUUGAGGCUGAAGCUGAACUGUGUUCUGUCUAUUACAAGGCUCGCUAUAACCAAAUUAAGAUUGUAAUGGAUAAUCACUCUUACAAGGAAAGAGAGAUAGAAAAUCAAUCAAAAUCUGAGGUAGUUCCGAAUUUGAGGCAAAAUCAGAGUUCUGAAACUAAAGCGCACAAUUAUCCGAACAGUGGUUCAACUGCCCUUAAUUUGUCUGUCUUGGAUUCUCCAAGUCUAGAGGGACUAUCUUGGUUGAAUUUUUUUACUGAUGUCAACAAGCCUAAUAAUGCAAUGACACCUGGAGGAAGUGGUGAUGGGAACCUGGAUAAAGCCAUUAAUAGUUAUAUUGUUUCAUCCUCAAAUGAGGAGCCUGAAAGAAAUCAUGAAUCUUCUGUUAUGGCCAGAUACCAAGUUCUCAAAGCCCGGGUUGACCAGUCAUGCAUUGAUACUACCAAGCCAGAGGAACUAUCAGACAUGGAAGACAAGUCAUCACCUAGAGGGACUGAUAAUCAAAAUGCAGUCAGUUUCUGCCAAGACUCCCCUAUUCCUGAAAAAAAUAGUACUGAUUAUGAGGCAUCUGUUGUGGCUAGGUUUCAUAUUCUUAAAUCCAGGCUGGAAGGUUCAAGCUCUAUUUCUUUAGAAGGGAAACAAUUAGACGGAGUUGGAUCUGCUGACAAAGAUAUGGAUGACACAACAGUGCAUCUCGGUUCCUACAUUGCCAUGGACAAAUCAAUCCCAGAGAAGUUUCACCAGGAUUUGGAUGACAGUCAAGAAAUUCAGCCUUGCAGAACCAGUGAGUUUCAACUUCCUAACUAUUACUCUGAUGGCUUCUCAUCUGAUUGGGAACAUGUGGAGAAAAGCAUGUAGGCCGUUUUGAAACCGUGAUGAGUUUGGUUAAUAUGGUACAAUAAAUGUCUAUACUUGAGUUGAGAACACGACUGAAUAAUGUUUAUGGAUUACAUUUUCUUGUUAUUUUUAUCAGACGUAUGUUACAGAAUUUGGUCUUAUCAGUCUUUGUUCUGUUUGUAUAUAACGAUGUCGUGUUAAACAAGUGCGAGUGACUAAAAUAUCAAGUUGCCAAAUUGCUUCAAGUUAAUCAA